AGGCCAUCAAGAUCACCAAGCAUCCAGAUCCUGUCAACGAAAUCAACACAAAUAAAGUCAUUGAUAUCAGCGUGCAUGCGACUGGAGACGAAUGCUGCCCGAUCACCUACUCCUGGUUCCUCAACGGUGUCAUGAUACAUGAUGAACUUGAAAAACCUCCAUAUAAAAGAGGUCCUGGUGGAUCAUUGUUGUUUGACCCUAGAAAUGUCUCCGAUGACGUUCUGUCUUCCCGCACCGGAGGCUACCAGUGUAAUAUUUCUAACAACUAUGACACAGCGAUGUACGAGUUUACUGUUGUAGUUAAAG